CCUGUCAUCUGUAGUUUCUCACUUCCGGAGGGUGGGGCUUUUGUUGCGGGAGCGGUUUGUGUUUGGGUGACCGAUGCCUCGGUGUUCCCAGUCAAUGCAGUCGUCAAGAUAGCAUCCACCGAGGGCUGAGAGGCGAAUCCUUCCGUGGUGGUGUCAGGGUGAGCGUGUUUGGGCGGCGAGACGUGUAUCCGUGUGUGUGUGUGUGCAUGUGUGUGAGAGUGUGAGAGAGACGCAGAAGAAGAAUCCAGCGAUGGCGACCGGCAAAAGUAAAAACCAGAGCUCCCUGGUGCUGCACAAGGUGAUAAUGGUGGGCAGCGGCGGUGUGGGGAAGUCGGCCCUCACCCUGCAGUUCAUGUAUGAUGAGUUUGUGGAGGACUACGAGCCCACCAAGGCAGACAGCUACAGGAAGAAGGUGGUUCUGGACGGGGAAGAGGUCCAGAUCGACAUUCUGGACACAGCGGGCCAGGAGGACUACGCCGCCAUCAGGGACAACUACUUCCGCAGUGGGGAGGGCUUCCUACUGGUCUUCUCCAUCACAGAGCACGAGUCCUUCACUGCCACUGUUGAGUUCAGGGAGCAGAUCCUUCGGGUGAAGGCGGAAGAGGACAAAAUCCCUCUCCUGCUAGUCGGGAACAAGUCCGACCUAGAGGAGCGGCGGCAGGUGUCCGUGGAAGAGGCCCGCGGGAAAGCCGAAGAGUGGGGCGUCCAGUACGUUGAGACGUCGGCCAAAACCAGAGCUAACGUGGACAAGGUAUUCUUCGACCUGAUGCGCGAAGUACGAGGCAAGAAAAUGUCAGAAAACAAAGACAAAAAUGGGAAAGGAAAGAACAAGAAGAACAAGAAGAGUUUCAGAGAGAGGUGCUGUUUACUUUGAACUCUUUCAUGGACCUUAACCCCCCUCCCCCCCCACCACCACCAACUGCCAUACAGCUGCGGAGUUGGGGAACAAAGCCGAGCGUCCUUGCGAUUGUCAUUUAACCUUGUUUUAAUAGCUGGUUAUAGUUAUGUGUCUAGAAUGGUCUCAACCACUUUUAUUUGUCUGUUUGCAAUUUUUUAACUGAUGAAAUCUGAGUUGCUGUUUUCAUCGGAGGAUAACCACUGUUGUGACUGUGACUCGGGACCGCAGUGCUCAAUGGCUCACGGCGAAGCCAGUGACCAAACUGCCUCUGACACUAACUCUGCUGCACCACUGAUGAACUCAGCGAUCAUACUGCCUCCAACUUCCGGCUCAGUGUGUUUUUACACCAGAAUUGUUUGAGUCUUUGUCAAGUCAAACAGUGCUCUUAAUUUCUUUACCUGCUCUAAAACUUUAAUCUGCAUAUACGUCAUCUUGGCGUAGACCCCUUCAGUCUAUGUUUAUCAGUUUAGAACUCUAACGCUGGUGUCCGUUAUAUGUGUAAUCCUUCAUGAUGACAGCGUCCCGUCUGUUUCGUUGGCCUCAUUCAGAAUUCCACCUCUGCGACUUCAGAGCACGUUUGGUAUAUCUGUUGAAACUGAAAAAUGUUGUUCAUUUUUUGAGGCUGCUAUUUUCAGUUGCACUCUCCAGUUCUCAGAAUGAUUUGUGUUUUUUUGACCACAGAAGAAUCAUUCUGUGCAAUCAGAAGAUUUGUUGCCAAACGGUGUUCAUUAAUUACAUCGCUAUGUCUUACCUGAAGGACCACAAAUCGGUCAGAAGAUAUUUGCUGCAAAUUAAAGUCUUUAAUGAAGCGCAGAAAAAUCCAUAAAAUCUGAGAGAUACUCUCACGCGUGUUACAGGAUCACCAUCUUGUAACGUUACCACGCGUAUGUUGUAGGUUCAUGAGCGGUGACUGAGAGGGCAGGGCGGACUUGUUUUUCUUCGCGGUGCUCUGCCAUGUUCAUGCAGUCAGGCCCUUUCCCCCCUUCUCGGGCAGCGGAUCACUUCCUGUUUCAUGUGACUGUUGAGGUUUUGGAGUCUUGGCUGGUUCUGUGCCGUGAGACAAGUGUUGACAAUCCAGGAAGCCGCCAUGCUUCUGGUCCACGAUGUCCCCCCCCCCCCGGGUCUUUUGAAUGAAAUGCACUACAUUGCCCAUACCUAAGAAGUGGACUUCAUGAUGAAUGGUGUCAACGCUGGAGAUUUUAAAAACUAAUUGUGCCAACAAAAAUGACAACAAAAAAAUAUCAUACCAUUUUAAUGGAUGUACAGUAUGUAUAUUAUAUCUUGGUGUAUGUGCAUUUACCAGAGAAAACCCCUUGCUCCCUCUCUGUCUGUGCGAGUGACGCUUUGAUGAGGGUGCCAACUUCUGAACUGUUGUUUAAUCAAGUGCUACAGUGAACAAGAUGUUUCUACCACUGCCUAAACCAUUCUUUGUAACGUCCUUUUUAUUUUCUCUUACUUGUUACUACUGUGAGUACGCUUCUAUCUCCCUGCAAGGAGACCGUUGCCGAAUAAAUGCUUUUUUUUCUUCUUUGUAA